AUGAAAAGCAGAGGAGGUCAAGGCGACAUUGUCUCUAACGAGAUCACAGAUAUGAAUUCCAUCACUCGCAGCCUCAGUGGGCACCAACUUGACAAGAAGGACUUCUUCGGCAAGUCAGACCCCUUCAUGGUCUUCUACAGGAGUAAUGAAGACGGGACGUUUACGAUCUGCCACAAGACGGAGGUGGUGAAGAACACCCUGAACCCACUGUGGGAGCCCUUCUCCAUCCCCGUUAGAGCCCUCUGCAACGGAGACUAUGACCGGACGAUCAAGGUGGAGGUGUACGACUGGGACAGGGAUGGGAGCCACGACUUCAUCGGUGAAUUCACCACCAGCUACAAGGAGCUGUGUCGAGGGCAGAACCAGCACAAUGUCUACGAGGUGGUGAACGUCAAGAAGAAGAUUAAGAAGAAGCGCUACAUUAACUCAGGGACGGUGUCCAUGCUGUCGUUCAGCGUGGAAUCGGAGCACACCUUCCUGGACUACAUCAAGGGAGGGACUCAAAUACACUUCACCGUUGCCAUCGAUUUUACUGCUUCAAACGGUAACCCUUCUCAGUCCACCUCGCUCCACUACAUGAACCCCUACCAGAUGAACGCCUACGCCAUGGCCCUGAAGGCCGUGGGGGAGAUCAUCCAGGACUAUGACAGUGAUAAGAUGUUCCCGGCACUGGGCUUUGGAGCCAAGCUGCCCCCUGACGGCAGGGUGUCCCACGAGUUCCCCCUGAACGGCAACAUUGAGAACCCCUAUUGCAACGGCAUGGAGGGCAUCCUAGAAGCGUACCACCAGAGCCUUAAGACCGUCCAGCUGUACGGCCCCACCAACUUUGCUCCCAUUGUCAACCAUGUCGCCAGGUAUGCAGCUGCUGUACAGGACGGCUCCCAGUACUUUGUCCUGCUCAUCAUCACAGAUGGUGUCAUAUCCGACAUGGCUCAGACCAAGGAAGCCAUUGUGAAUGCAGCUAAGCUCCCCAUGUCUAUCAUCAUUGUCGGAGUAGGACAAGCAGAGUUUGACGCCAUGGUGGAGCUGGAUGGAGAUGACAUCAGGAUCUCCUCCCGAGGGAAGCUAGCAGAGAGAGACAUUGUGCAGUUCGUGCCCUUCAGAGACUACAUGGACCGCACGGGGAACCACGUGCUGAGCAUGGCACGGCUCGCCAAGGACGUGCUGGCCGAGAUCCCCGACCAGCUCAUCCUCUACAUGAAGACCCGCGGGAUCAAGCCCUGCUCCCCGCCUCCGGCCAACUCCCCAGAUCACGACCACGCCCAGACCACCCCCAUCUGA